AUGUCUGACGAGCUGUACAGAUCUAUUAAGCUACAGCUAGAGCGGUUACCACCACCCACAGGAUUGACAAGACGAGACAAUGCUGAUCCCUAUAAACUAAAAGAGAUCAUGGAUGCGGGAUUAACAGCUCUGCAAGGCGUAUUCUCAUCCAUGGACAGAAAGCGAGACGAGGCACGAGGUAUCUCAACCUCAACAUCGAUUGCACGUGAACAGCACCAGUCAACUACGGCUGCACAGAAUUUGCCUAUAGUAGAAGAGCGCGGUGUGAAACAGGAAGAGAUAGGGAGUGUGCUUGCUGUCAUGAAGGACUUUAUGGAACAGCAGACUUCUGCGAGUGAUAAAAGGCUUGCGAGCUUAGAGAAAGCUAUGAUGGAGAACCAGAAGAGUCUCAUGAUGUUCAUGCAGCAGCAGGCUAACAGAGCGCAAGCACCAGCAUAUAACUCGGGUCCAGGAGCGAUGGGAUAUGGACAGAAUUAUUCGCGUGCAUGCUUUUUCUGUGGAGAUACAGAUGGCCACCGCUCGAGUGAGUGCCUCGUGAAAGCCUCAUACAUCAAGGCCGGAAAAAUAGAGAUGGUCGAUGGAAGAGCACGACUACCAGGUGGGGGAGAGGUCCCCAAAGAUAUUAGAGGACAGUAUGUGAAGGAGCACAUUGACAAAUACUAUGCACGCAUGAAAGCAAGCAAGUUGCAGAGCCAGAAUAUCGUGAUAAAUGCUACAGACACUCCAGGGCUGUUCCAUGUCCCAGGGGGUUAUAGCGCGCUAUUGCAAGAAAAACAAGAACUGGAGUGUCAGGUGUUUGCAAUGAGGAUGCAACAGACAAGCCAAGAGUCAGGAAUGUGGACUCGCAGUAAGGGGCCACCACCUGAUGAACUAGUGGAGCAAGAACCAUCGGAUGAGGACAGAGAGCAGGGUCGGAUUCACCAUCACCCCCGGAGGACGUAA